AUGAAAUGCUACAAUCCAUCGGCGUUUGUUCCCAUGGCGGUUACAUUGGUAACCGUCGUAAUUUACCUGGGCGUUUUCAUACCUCUACUCAUUAUUCACGAGACUGUCCCUUCUGCUCCUGAUGAUCCUACUCUUUACAAUGGGCUCAAUCUUACGGAAGCAUGGCUUGACCUUCAAAGCUUGAGCGAUGGCUACCACCCUUUCAAUAGUCGCAAGAAUGACGAUGUGCGAAAUUGGCUAUUGAAAAGAAUUGACGAGAUCCUCGAUCAUAAUCAGAUUCAGUAUACCACAGAGAAUGAGACUGCUGAUACUUCCGACGUUCAGCUCGAGUCUGAUUUCGACAAGGACGUUCCAGAGUCGAUGUCAGGCCCCAACAACUUUAAUGAUGAUUCUGUAGAAUACCAUGAGGAUCUGCGAACACGUAAAGUAUCGCCUGCUGUUACAGUUUUCAACGAUUUACGUUCAAAUUAUUCGAGCAAUGCCCUCACCAGCAUUGGUGUCAAAGGUCGAAGGCUUGGAAUAAGCACAUACUUCGAAGGAAAUAAUAUCAUAUGCUAUGUCCGAGGAAACGACGAUGAAGAAGGCGAAUGGUGGAAAACUGGUUCAGUUAAUUCAAAAGGGAAAAUGCAUGGCAGAGGCGGUGUAAUGGUCAAUGCCCAUUUCGAUAGUGUCUCGACGGGUUUUGGAGCUACAGACGAUGGGGUAGGAGUUGUUACCGCCCUUCAGUUGAUCCGUUAUUUCACAACACCGGAGAACCGACCACAAAAGGGCUUUGUCGCACUAUUCAAUAAUGGUGAAGAGGAUGGUUUAUACGGUGCAAAGGCAUUUUUGUCUCAUCCAAUGGCGAAAUUUGUUCACACCUUCCUUAAUUUGGAAGGCGCUGGAGCUGGUGGUAGAGCUACUUUGUUCCGAAGUACAGAUACCGAGGUCACCCGAGCUUACGCUCAUGCCAAACAUCCUUUUGGAACCGUUGUCAGUUCGGACGGAUUCUCAUCAGGAUUUGUUAGAAGUGAGACCGAUUAUGUCGUGUUUCGAGCGGAGGGCUAUCGUGGACUAGACGUUGCUUUUUGGCAACCUAGAUCUCAAUAUCAUACCGAUCAAGAUGAUGCUAAACAUACCUCGAUAGACUCACUGUGGCACAUGUUAUCUGCUUCUGUAGCCACCACUCGAUCGCUCACUCGGGAUACUAGCAAUACAUUUGUCGGACCACGUAGUGACGAUAAAAUUGGAAAGGUUAGCAAUGGGAAAGGUUCAGAUGGCGUUUGGUUUGAUAUAUUUGGCACCGUUUUUGCAGUGUUCAGAUUGAGGACUCUCUUCGCUUGGUCACUAACUUUACUCAUUGCCUCCCCGUUAAUUCUCUUUGCCGUCUCAUAUCUUCUUAACCGACAAGAAAAGUUUUACUUCUUCGCCGGAUCUAUCAAGUCUAAAAAUCCUGAAGACGAGCCUAUUUCUCUUGGUGGAUGGCGUGGAGCUUUUCGCUUCCCUAUCACUCUUUUCAUUACUAGUGCCAUCACCUUUGCUUGCGCAUCGCUAAUUAAUAAGAUCAAUCCUAUGAUUAUCUACUCUUCUCCAUACGCAGUAUGGAGUAUGUCGGCAACUCUAUUCUUUUCCGUAUUUUGGUUCAUCAUGGCAGGUUGCAAUUUCGUCAGGCCUUCCGCACUUCAAAGAGGAUAUGCAUUUAUGUGGAUGUUCGUAUUCGGUUGGAUUCUUCUUGUCGUUGCUACAGUAUACGAGGAUCGUUUCAAGAUAAGUGGCGGUUACUUGUUUGUGUUUUACGAAGCUGCAAUCUUCCUUGCGACCUUGAUCGCUAUCUGUGAACAAUUUGCCUUACCUCGAAAAUCCACUUAUAUCGAGGAUUCUCAAAAUGACCAUAGUGAUAAUCAGGAUCACCAUCAUCAAGCCGUGAUGGGUACGGAUGGAGCAAAUGGGGCCGAUGAACCUAAUGCCGAUGAUGAAGCAGCAGAAGAAGAUCAAGAAGAAACUGUGAACGCAACAGCAUUUCCUCACGAAACAACUCCACUAAUUGGAGGUGGCCAGCCGAGUCAUCGCGCUUCGGUCAGCACCAGUUUUGCUAAUCGUUAUCGUCAAGUUGUCCCUGAAUCAUACGAUGGACCAGCUGAUCAUGAUGAUAAAAAGGGUCACAAGAAGCAUCCAUACGGAGGUGAACAGGAGUGGUCCGCUAAAUUACCUAUUUGGACUUGGCUAGUUCAGUACCUCCUUGUUGGUCCAUUCAUACUAGUUAUUCUUGGGCAAGUUGGUCUAUUCCUCGUAGCUGCUUUGCACCAAACUGGAACGGAUGGCAGUCCACUUUUUCUACCAUAUCUUAUUGUCGCUAUAUUCUCCAUCCUACUUCUUCUACCAGUGACACCAUUCAUACACCGAUUAACGCAUCAUAUGCCGACUUUCUUCUUCUUGGUUUUCAUCGGAACUCUCAUCUACAAUCUUGUUGCUUUCCCAUUUUCGCCUAAUAAUCGAUAUAAAGCAUAUUUUCAACAAACUGUCGAUCUCGACACUGGCGUUAAUAGAGUCACACUCGUAGGAAUCGAACAAUAUAUCCGCAAUAUUAUUACAAAUAUCCCAAGUGCGGCAGGACAAAGUAUAAAUUGCGAGGCAAAUCCACGAAUUCGCUCCGGUCUCUCUUUUUGCUCUUAUGAAGGCAUACCUCCUCAAGUUGUCGAUAAUGUAGUUGAAGGUGUUCCACCCGAAAAAGGCUAUAGUGACUGGCUCAGCUUUAACGUUUCACGCGUACCCAACGAAAAUAAAGCCACAUUCCAUAUUUCAGGUGUAGAAACCCGUGCCUGUAUCCUUCGAUUCGACGACCCCUUUUCUGAAUUCAAAGUCCACGGUGGAGCCAAAAGCGAAGAAAGAUGGGAUGAUGUUCCUGAUAGUGGAAGUGAUCAAAUCAAACUCUGGCAUCGAGACUGGAAUAAAGAAUGGGUAGUUGAUGUUGAGUGGGCGGUAGGAGAAGAUAUGAAACCAGGAGAUGAAGGCAGAAGUGGGAGAGUGGUUUGUUUAUGGAGUGAUGCUAACAAGAGGGGUGUUAUUCCAGCGUUGGAUGAGGCGCAGAGAUUUAGUCCACAGUGGACUAGUGUGGUUAAGUUGAUGGAUGGGUUGGUCGAGGGAAGUAAAAGGAGAGUUGGUGAGUUGGUGAGGGUGGGGGGAUGGAAGAAGGGGAGGAGAGAUGAUUUCUCGCUGGCGUUGGGUUUGGCUUUUUUGCUUGCUUAUGUAUGA